GCUUUGAAUAGGGAAGUUUCGCAGGGGGUUGCACUCGCAGUCAGCGCCGUGUUUGCAAAUAUUGGGUCCGCUCCUGCGCAAGGGUCCGCCGCCGGCCGCAGGAGGGGAGAACCGCCGCGGCCGCCUCGGGAGACGUCCGGCUUUGCUGUGCAAUUAAACUUUGCAUGAAACUUUGGGUCUUUUUUCCUCCCUAAGCUCCUCAAGGAAUUAAUAUAUAUCUGUAUCUGUACAAUUGUUAUUUUUAUUUCUUUUUUUGUUCUUCUUUGGAGGAAGGGGGGGGGGGGCUUGGAAACUGAGAGCAGAGGUUUGACACCCCCCCGCACACCCCCCUCAAUCCCUGCACAUAAAGGAGGCAUCUGUAUUUUUGGUUACCAGCACUGACUUUGUUGUUGCAACUUGAGACAUGGAUGUUCUCCCAAUGUGCAGCAUCUUCCAGGAACUCCAGAUUGUGCACGACACGGGUUACUUCUCAGCCUUGCCGUCCCUGGAGGAAUAUUGGCAACAGACAUGUUUGGAGCUGGAACGGUAUCUUCAAAGUGAACCCUGUUAUGUUUCUGCAUCUGAAAUCAAAUUUGAUAGCCAAGAGGAUCUCUGGACCAAAAUUAUUCUGGCACGUGAAAAAAAGGAGGAAUCUGAACUGAAGAGCACGUGUGUCCCAAAAGAGGACAAUCUUACUAGUCAGAACUUAGAGACCAACAGUUCGAAUUCAGACGUGAGCAGCGAAUCUUCAGACAGCUCUGAGGAGCUCUCGCCCACGACAAAGUUUACCUCUGACCCUAUAAGCGAUGUUUUAGCCAGUUCAGGAAACUUGAGUUCGUCUGUCACUUCCACUCCCCCUUCAUCUCCUGAGCUGAGCAAAGAGCCUUCUUCCCAGCUAUGGAAUUGUACACCGGGUGAGUUGCAUUCACCAGGGAAAAUUCGUACUGGUACCGCUGGAAAGACUGCAGAAAAAGGUACACCCACCAACGGUGACACCUCGCCAGAUGGCAGGAGACGUGUUCACAGAUGUCAUUUUAAUGGCUGCAGGAAAGUUUACACCAAAAGUUCACAUCUGAAAGCACAUCAGCGCACUCAUACAGGGGAAAAGCCUUACAGAUGUUCAUGGGAAGGGUGUGAGUGGCGUUUUGCAAGAAGUGAUGAAUUAACCAGACACUUCAGAAAGCACACUGGUUCCAAGCCUUUUAAAUGUAGUCACUGUGACAGGUGUUUUUCCAGGUCUGACCACCUGGCCCUUCACAUGAAGAGACACCUCUGAAUGGGUCAAGAGGUGAAUCCUGCGGGCUAAGAGGCGUCAAGGUUGAAGAGCCUUGAGCAGAGGGAUGCGUGUUCCAGCCAAAGCAUGCCAUUUUGCACCCUACCCAGUUGCCUCCAGGACCUCACUUCCUUGCAGGUCUUUUGAGGGCUAAUAAGUCAUGUAAGAAACGGCAUAGCAACCACGGUGUGUGAUGUUUGGGGUUUCCUGGGCUCACACACUGGUAUCUAACCUUCUGAGUGGCUCCUAAGCCUUUGCCGUGAGCAUGUGCACUGAGAAUGUUAAUGAUUGGGCGACUGUAUGCGAUGAGGAUCUCUUGAUGACUGUAUGCUGAGGCACAUUUUUUUUCUUGUGGUUGUUUUAUAACUGUAAGAGAAAAAAAAAAGUAGUCUGAAUGUCUUGUAUGUGAGGGAUAUCUCGUGAGAUGGGACGACCACCAAUCAUUUCCAAGGGGUGGGGGGGGAGGGAGUGUCUACACCUUUUUAGAGGGAAAACAGAGAGGGGAAAGGGGGAGGGGGGGAAUAGAAAGAGUCAGGAUGCCAGAAUGGAGAUAGGGGAACCUCCCCAUUCCUGUGUGAGAGGAGCUUUAGGUGUCUGGUGCAGCUAUUAAACGUGCAAUGUGUCAAGUAGCUUGUUUUACUUGCUACAGAGCUCAUUUGUAAUCCAUUGUAUAAGCUGUGUAUUUACAAAUGUAACACAACUAUAACUUUUCAUUAUAAUACCAAGGUUAUUGCAUGGUUCUGGGGAACUAUAUGCUUUUCCAUUCUUUAAUCAGGACUGCAGUUUUGAUUCCAGUUAAGAGCAGCUAAAAUACAAUUGGUCUAAUGUUACAUAAUGUAUGGAACAUGAAUAAUUUUUUCUGUUGGGUGGAUAAAACCACUAUUGGUUAGAAACUGAUUUUUCUCAUGCAGCUAAUUUUUCUCUUAUUUAUGCCUUGAGGACUAACUUCUGGUUUUCUAGCUGUUAAUGCACUGUUGACCUUAAUAAUGGUGCCUUAUGCAAGUGACCUUCUCUUGUAGGGGGUCUUAUACAGGGGUAUGGGUGAUGCAUGCUUUAUUAAGGCUCUCUUUUCACCUGGCAUUGUACUGUAUCAAAUGUAUAAUAUGAGGGGAAAAAAAAAAAAAGGUUACUUCCAGGGUCCUCCUUCACAAAGACAAAUAUAGAGAAAAGUCAUUCAUGUCAGUACAGUAUUUGUUUAACUUAGACUCUAAUUUAACUGUGUUACAGUAUAAUGCAUAUGCCAAUUGAAUACCUGACCAGUUCUGCCACCUUGAGACUUUUUUUUAUAUUGACCUUGCACAACAACUGUGUAUAUACACACCCCAACUGUACUUAAUAUGUCGAGUUUUCAUACAUAUUAAAGAUACAGAAGUAUUAAAAGAAAGAAAAAGGAAAAAAAAAAA